CAAACAUGCAAAAAAUAUCAAAAAUCCCCAAAGAAGAGUCCAGAAAAUAAAUAAAAUCCUAUUUUAAAAUAAUCCAAAUUAAAAAAGCUCAAAUUGUGCAAAAUAAAAAAAAACAUAUAUAAAUUGGGUUCUAAAAACGAGCAAUGAAGGACUGAGAAAAAGUUUUUAUUCACAGUACAAUAAUAAAAAUUCCUUAUUUGGUUUUAAAAACUUGAUAAGAGUGAUGUAAAGUAUCAUAUUUUGAUAGAAAAUAUUGAAAUGAUUCUUAUAAAUGUGAAGUUUUUAUGAAUUGACAAUAAUUGAAUGUGAAAAAUGUCAAAACUAAAUGCGCUGUAUUGAAAAUACAGAAAAAUCCAAAUUAAUCCAUUUAAAAUGACAAUGCAUCAGUAAUAAGUUGAUCAAAUCGAAUGAUUAGGAUGCAAAGAACAAAAUUGAAUUAAUUCUACCAAUUAAAUGCAUUUAAGUGUAUAAAAAUAAUAUAAUAAAAAUAGUGCACAGCUACAACAACAAAAAAACAAAAGAAGAGAAGGAAAAGAAGAAAAUAAAAAUUUAAUAUAUAUUAUAUAUCAUGAGUGCUAUUCAUUUUCAUAUCAAAUCACAACGUUUCGUAGUGGCAUUUUUAAUAUAUUCUGGCUUAUCAUAUGCAAGUUAUGGUAAAACUAUUGAGAUAAAGCACAGCAAAGAUUUGUCCGAAGACAACGUCGUGAGUCAAGAUUUCAUUCAUCCGAAUGUGGCUGCAAUCCAUGCCACACCAGAUCCUCUAAAAAUGUCACAAAGAUCAACAAAAACUCUCAUUAAAUGUUAUUGCGAUCAUUGUGCUGAAUCGAAUCAUAUUUGUGAAACGGACGGGUACUGCUACCUAUCAUGGCAACAAAAUGGAAACACUUAUGAAUAUAGCCAAAGAUGUUGGCAUAGAAAAAAUUUGAUUAUUUAUGAUCUGAGACAAUGCGCAUCAAAAUUGAAUGAACCGCCGUUUACAAUAGAAAAGUGCUGUGAUAAGGACUUUUGUAACGUUGAAUCCCUAAUUGAACUACCUGAAGUUCCAAUGCAAAAAGAUAAUAUUUUGGAGCCAUCAAUACUGUUUAUUGCACUAAGUGCAUUACUGUCAUGUAUUUUUGUGAUUGGUGUCAUCUCAAUGUUCUUCCUUCUACGCAAAAGAAAGCAAAAUAGUGGUGGACAGCCAUUGAUAACUGAAGAGUCGUUAUGUGGACAAACACUGCAUGACAUUAUUGAAAUGACUACGUCUGGAAGUGGUUCAGCUGGCUUGCCAUUAUUAGUUCAACGAUCAAUCGCAAGACAAAUCCAGUUGGAGAAAAUUAUUGGAAAUGGACGAUUUGGGCAGGUUUGGGUCGGUCGUUGGAGAGGCGAAAAAGUUGCAGUGAAGAUCUUCUCAAGUAGAGAAGAAUGUUCAUGGACACGAGAGGCUGAAAUCUAUCAAACUUCAAUGUUGCGUCACGACAACAUUUUAGGAUUUAUUGCUGCAGACAACAAAGAUAAUGGAACAUGGACACAGUUGUGGCUUGUGACUGAUUAUCAUGAGAAUGGAUCACUUUUUGAUUUCCUUAAUGCUCACACUGUUAGUGCUAAGACAAUGGUUUUAAUGGCAUUAACUAUUGCAACAGGAUUAGCACAUCUUCACAUGGAUAUUGUAGGAACAUUCGUUAAAGACUGUAAGUCACAGUGUAAGGACUGUAAGGAAUGUCCAGGAAAGCCUGGAAUUGCACAUCGAGAUUUAAAGAGUAAGAAUAUCCUUGUUAAAGCUAAUUUGACAUGUGCGAUUGGAGAUUUAGGUCUUGCUGUGCGUCAUAAUGCAAAAACAGAUACAAUUGAUAUUCCUUCAACCCACCGAGUUGGAACAAAACGUUACAUGGCUCCUGAGGUUCUUGACGAUACAAUCAAUAUUAAUCAUUUCGACUCAUUCAAACGUGCUGAUAUUUAUGCAUAUGGAUUAAUACUUUGGGAAAUUGCUAGGAGAUGUAACACUGGCAACAUGUAUGAAGAUUAUCAGCUACCUUUCUUUGACGUUGUUCAACCUGAUCCAAGUAUUGAAGAGAUGAGAAAGGUCAUUUGCAUUGAUAACCAACGCCCAACAAUCCCCAACAAAUGGCAAGUAUCGGAUGUAUUAUUUGGAAUGUCAAAGAUCAUGAAAGAUUGUUGGUAUCAGAAUCCAGCAGCGCGUUUAACAGCAUUGAGAAUAAAGAAGACGUUAUCGGCACUUAGUGCCAAUGAGAAACUUUAAGCAUUUCUAUCGCAUGUAAGCGAAUGAACUUUAAAUUAUCAAACAAACAAUUAAGCUUAACAAAUUGAAUACAAAAUGAUUUUUUUUAUAUAUAUAUUGAUUGGAUAUAACUGAUGAAUAUGAUUUGUUUCAUGCCUGAAAUGAUUUAUUCAUAAGUUAUUGACCAUUGUGUUAAAUCAAGUAAUUGGCACCAAUAUUAUGUUGUUUGAUGUGAACAGCAGAUUCUGGAAUUAUUAUUGAUAUAGUUCUUAAGCUUAAAAUUGUUUUCUUAAGUAUUAGGAACCAUCAAAAAAGAAAGGAGGACAUACAUAAAAGAUUAAGUACCAAAUUUUUUUAAAAAAAAAGUUAUACUACCAAAAUAUAAAUUAAAAUUAAGAUGAUGAUGAAAAGCAUUUAGGAUAAUCAAAAAAAAUGUUUGUAUUGGCAUCUAAAAAAAUGAUGAAAAAAAAAAUCUUAAAAGAAGCAGCUUCAUUUUUAGAAAUAUCUAUCACUUGUAAUUGUUAUCGUUAGAUGUAAUAUAAAUGCUGGUUAGUUCAUAAUGCAGAUAAACAGUACGUCUUAUUUUAUUAAAUUACUUUCAUUCAUUGAUCUCUUGUCAUUAUCGAUACAUAUAUUUACAAACAAAUACACACACACACACACACACACACACUCCCACAACCACAAAUGCAUAUAUAAACUCUUGUUUUAUUUUAUAUUUUUGUGCUUUUGUUAUUUUGAUCGGUUUUAAUUUUUUUUAUUUUUGUAAUUAAGUGAUUGAUUAAUUUCCUUUAGUUGUUGCUUUUUGUAGUAUUUAAAAUGAUGUCAUUUGAGGAAUUUGGAUGAUUUGGGAGGAGUUGCUGGAUUUUUGGAAUUAUGAGUUUUUUUCUCUUCAAACUUUAAAUUUAAGAACUUUAAGAUCAAAAUUUGAACUUGAGGAUCAAAACUUGAACUUGAAGAUUGAAAUUUAGCAUUAAAGAUUAAAAUUUUAACUUUAAGAUCGAAAUUUGAACUUUAAGAUCGAAAUUCAAACUUAAAGAUCAAAAAUUUAACUAAAGCUCUCAAAUGUUGAAUCUGAAGAAGUGAUAUUAAGCAUUUAAAAUAAGAUCUGAAGAUUACAAAAAAUAUCAAUAAAAUUAGCCAACAUUACUUCCCAAAAACUUCAGAAAUUCCUUCAAAUAUUCAAAUCCCUUUGACAUCUUAAACGAGCUGUAAUUUAAAAAAAAAACAUAAAAGAAAACUAUGUUGAAAAGUAAAACGUGUAGAGCAUAUAAAUAAAUUACCAGAAGACCUGAAAUAAUUAAUUUCCAUAAAACAUAUUAUACUAUAGAUACCUAUGAUGAUGCUGAAAAUAAUCUACAAAACCAUUGCAAUAGUUACGAACUACUUCCAAAAACACAAGAAAUAAAAGUAAAAAACAAUUCCCCCCUUUUCUCCCCACAACAAACAGAAAUGUCCAUGGAAACAAUAUCAGAAAUGAUUGUCAUUGUUCAAUAGAAGUAAAUUAAGGAAAAAAACAAAAGAAAUAUUUUUAUGUUCUUCUUUUUGAUGACACACAACAAUUGUGGCAAUGUUGCCAUACCUGCCAAUCUGUACAAAUUUCACUUUAUCUCCCCAGCUGAAAUUCCCAAUUCACAAUAAGACAUGAAAAUUAUGGACUUCUAUGAACAUUUCUGAAUAAUAAUAAUAAUGCAAAUACAUUCACACAUACAGACCCAGACAUAAUAAGAAAAUACGAAAAGAAAGAAUUAUAAGGUAAAAGCUCAAUAGUUGGUAGAAAUCCAGUGAAAUUAAUUAACUAAUUUAAAGUACCAUGAGAUUAAGUUUAAUAAUAUAUGAAAAAAAACCUACAAUGAUAAGAUUGAUAUACGAUUGAUGAUAUAAUGUCUAGUUGUAAAAUGAUAAGAAAAUGAAAUAUAAGAUUAUUUAAGAUAAAAUUAUUGCUGGGGAUCACUGGAGCUUUACUUGAUGGAUGUCAAUCAAUUAAAGCUUCUAAUCUUCAUCCUUGAUAUAAACAUUAUUGCCCGUGCUUUUCAUGAUAAAUUAAUUGAAGAAAAAAAAAAAUUAAAAUUAAAAUGAAUGAACAGUUUUUACCUUUAAAAUUAUUAUAGAAAUACAUUUUACCUACCUACAUACCAUUAAAAAAAGAAAAGAAAGAUAAAUACGAUUUAUAUAUUGAUAAUUAAGCAUAAGUUUUAUGUACAUAAUUAUGUUUUAAGAACUUUAAUUUUCCUAAUUUUUAAAAUCCUCAAAAGAACAUUUUUUUACCCUUUUUCGAUUGUAUUGUUUAAGUGUUGCAAAAGAAAAAUAAUGCUGCGCGAUGUAUGAGAAACGUAUAACUAGAGAUAUAGCUUUGUAUUCUUAUUUCCUUUGUAUUUUUGUAUGUAGACGGGGAUUUGAUGUGACAAAUUUCUCGAUCUUAGUUUGAUAAUUACUUUAAAAUCAAGCAGAGAUCUAGAAAGUUAAUGAUCUGGCAAAGAUUAGGAUGAAUUUGAGGUUAGAAAAAGAUUUGAAAAAGAUUUGAAACUGGUCAAAAUGAUAAAAAUCAAACAACAAAAAUCAUCAAAUUUGAAAUUUGAUCAAAAAUGUUCAAAAUUGGAUUUUUCAGUUUCAAUCUAUCAAGAAGGUUUGUUCGUCCUUGAUCAACAUGUAGCUAGAUUCCGUUUCUUCGUAGAUUCAUUUAGUAUUCUAUAAGUUUAAUAAGAUUAACAUUAAAUAAUGUUUGUGAAAAAAUUAAGUUUUUUCGCAAUCCAAACUUUUGGAAACUAUUUGAGUCUAAUUUGUUCUAGUUUAACACUAGACUGAACAUUUGAUUCCUUAACAAGCAAAAUUAAACUCUAGUUUUUUAUAGAAGUGCUUUUGAUUGUUCAAAAUGUAUCAAAUAAUUAGAUUUAGAUUUUGAAAAUUAAAUUGAUAGCCAAUUUACUAAUUCUAGCUUAAUUUCAAAUGAAAGACUUUGUUUAAUUGUGUAAUCUAAGGAUUAUGGAGCAGAUUCAGUUGAUAGCGUGCGUAUUUCUUAAUAUUGAUCUAAUGAAUGCGCAGUUUUUUGUAAACAAAACCUCAAAAGGUUUGAUUGAGUUAAUAAUAUUAAUGAAAUCGUCUUUAAAUCUCAAAUCAAUUCUACAAGCAGUUUAGAACCAUCAAAUCCGCGAAUAUAAGCAACUAUUGAUAACUAAUAACCUUUUUUCUAUAGAAAUAACACUUUGAAGAAAGGUAAAAGCAAGUAGAAAAACAAAUAUGCAUUCAGGUUCGUUUUGAUUAAAAUAAAUAAUAAAAUAAUGAUAUGAAGAUGAAAACAAGAUGUAAACCAAAAAAAUACAAAGAAAUAACAAUGGAUGGUAAUAUUAUUUUUUUGGAAAUGAAAAUAUUGAAAAUGAAAUGAAUGUACCGGAAAAAAAACAAAAAAAAAAUAUUAAAAAACUGUUAAAAUAAUAGUAAGAAGAGAAGAUAAAAGUAAAUAUCUAUAGAGUUGCAUUAAAAAAUUAAGGAAAAAAAAUUACAAGCAGAGAUCUUUGUUCAGGGAAAUGUUCUUGUCACAAAUCACAAAAAGAUGUAAUAAAAAAAAAUAACAAAUAGAGCUUUCAAUAAUUAAUUUGAGACGACAAAACAAAACAAAAAAUAAAAAAAUAAAGAAAUAAAAAGUUGAAGACGAAAGCCAACUCUGAGAGACCUCGACUAUUUGGUUCAAACUUACUGUAACAUUUAAAGUGAGCAUUAAAAAAUUAAAAUAACUAUGAAAUGAGAAACAAAUUUUAUUUUGUGAUUCUAAUAAGAUAAAAACACAAGAAUUUUGAAUUGAUUUUUAUUUUUGAAGUUUUUUGGCUUAAUUGAUUAAUGUUGAUAGAUAUUUUUUGUUUUGUUUUAUAAUAUUGGAGAUUUGUGAGGUUAAUGUGGCUUGGAAUGUUUAGAAAAUUUUGAAAAGAUUGCAAAAAUUUUCAAAAAGUUCUUAAGAAAUUUUAAAAAGUUUGUCAAAAUAUUUCAAAAUGUUCAAAAACCAUGUCAAAAUUGGUCAAAAUACUAAAACAUUUGUUAAAGCUUUUAAAACUGAAAUUUUCAAAUUCUUAUUUUUGAUAGCUUUGACAAAAUUAUUCAAAAGUUUUAAAACAUUUUUGAAAUUUUGACAAUUUUUUUCAAGAAGUUUUCUAAUUUCCAAGACAACUUAACCUCAAUUUAGAUAUAGAAGUGAAAAGCUGAUUACUUGAACAUUGUGUUACUAAUGAUUACAUUAAGAUAUGCGCUCAAAUUUUUAUUGAAAAUAUCGUUUAUAAAACGAUUGGACUGAAAAAAAACGAGAACGAUUGACUUUGAAAUUCGAAAUUGAAAUCAAUAACUUUGGUUCCUUAUGAAGAAAAAAAAGAAAUUUUUAUAAUGAGAUUCUUUGAAUGAAUUUUUAUGGCCUUUUUCGAUAGUUUCUUAGAAAUUUGAUGAAUCAUAUUAAUGAUAAUAUGGAUAAAGAAUGAUUUUUGGAUAAGAAUAUUUUGAUAAGAAAAAAAAAAUAUGAAAUGCGAGAAAAAUUUUUGAUGAGCGAUUAUUUCUAUCUAUGAUAUACUUGAUUAUAAUAAAGAAUUUCUUUUUGUAUUUUCAUUCCAUUAAAAUCGUAAAAAAUAAAGAAUAAAAAAUUUAA